CCAAGAGAUGGACAAACCUUGCGCAGGUCUUGGGUCAUCUCACUAUUUGGCAUGUAUCCAUGUGUGACUUGACGUGCGACCCCAUAUAACGUGUCGUUGCUGUCUACGUAACACGUCUUUGCUGUAGGGGAACGAAAGAUGACAUCAGUUGGUCACAAAGUACAGGGCUGCACCGGUUGAGCUCGUCGCAGAGCUCACUACACAAAGAUCAGAUGAAGACGACAACCACUGCAUUAGUUUCUACAGCGACCCUUAUUUUAUACUUAAUUAAUAGGCCUUCUGUGGAAUGUGCUCUGAUGAAUGCAGAAAACGUGUGCCCAGUAGAAGAAGAGGCUGAAGAACUGAGCUUGCAGAAACACGAACAAACUGUUGUGUUGCAUACUACUCAAGCUUGCUGGGAUGUCUCACAGGGAUUCCGUUGUAAAGUGAAGACUAAUGGAACAAAGCUCUCAUAUAAGGCAUUACCAAUGAAAAAGAAGGUAAUUGUCUAUAAAUGCUGUUCUGGAUACUACGAAACACAACAGGAAACCUGCGAAGUUUGCUGGGAAGGUUAUUAUGGCAAUAACUGCAGUUUACGUUGUAACUGUUCGGAAAAUGAAAUGUGUGAUAAUGUAAUUGGAUGCUGCGAUCUGCUCAUAAGACCAUGCCGUAUUAUGCAAAGUGCUGCAGUGAAGGAAUAUGCUGAAAGUAGCAGUUGGGUGUUUCCCGUCCUGCUAGCAUCAUUGUUGGCUGUUGUUUUGCUAUCAUUUGGAACAAUCUUCUAUCGAAGAAAAUAUAGGAAGGAGAAAGAUCCUGAUCUUCCAACUCUUACUUAUUAUCCAAACGUCAAAGAACUUUUAACCAAUAAUGAAAUUGAAACACGAGAAUUCAACAAUCCAAUGUACCGUAGAUCAGCGAUUGAAGCAGUACCGAUAAAAGUCAUCGCGGAUGAACCAGUACCAAUCGCUAAGAGUGCACAGCUAAGAAGUCCUUCAGUUACAGAUGAAUAUGCAACUUUGGAUUACGCUGUACCGCCAGGCCAGUAUGAGAUUCCACUGCGUUCAACACCGUCGCCGAGUACUCGAUCCAUUGAAAAACUGGGAAAUGAAGUGAAGGAAUAAACAUAGGGCGACUUAAAUAGUUUCACAAAUAUUUGGAACAAAAGAAAAUAUAUGGUCAGGAGAGUUCAUCUUUGGGGACAGGAAUUGAUCUGGC